GUCUACACGCUGAUAUGGUCUGAACCGGUCUGAACUGCAAACGGCCGCAAACGGAAGAACGAUUGGUUUUUGCUACUUUCUUCGCCUGAGCCAUCCUGUGUUUGGGAUUGUCUUGCACUUAUCACACUCUGCAUUGCCAUUCUGAAUGUGUGGGCAAACUCUUUUCAAAGUUGGAUUAUUACGUCAGAAUACCUUUCCUCAUCCUGAGCUCUACCACACCACUGCCUGAUGCCUACUGCCAAUAUCAGCUCAAAGUCACCUAACUGUGGCCACCAUAUUUCGGGUCUCGGCUGGUGCCAUUACAACUUCCAUGGUGGAUAAAUUUGGCGAACCUAAAUACCGACCCUUCAGAGCAGGGAUUUUCAUCGCUUUUGGCUUGAGUGGUGCCAUUCCGGCCGUUCAUUACGCAUGUUAUGGAAGGCUGGGUAAACGUCGUCUCUUACGCCUCUCUCGGAUGGCUGAUUCUAAUGGCAGCACUUACAUUCUGGGAGCCCUCCUGUCCUGUAUACCAGAAUGUUACUUCCCUGGAAAAUGUGAUAUCUGGUUUCAAAGCCAUAAAAUAUUUCACGUUUUGGUGAUAGCCGCAGCUUUUGUACACUACCAAGGCAUUUCCGAGAUGGCAGUUUAUAGACUGACGAACAAUCAGUGGCUACCAAAAUUAGUUAAAUUACAGUCCGCUGAAAACAAAAGAAAAAAAGAAAGAAAAAAAAUCCCUCUUCUCUUCCACCCAUUUAUUCCUUGCUGCUUUGUUUACUAAAAUUUUUCCUCGAAAAUUCUGUUUUACGGUGAGGUAGGGAGUUUAUGAAUUAUUUAUGGGCACGAUGGAAAUGGUUCUCGCACAGAGAGAAAAAAAACUAUUCUUCGAUCCAUGAAGUGCCUUUCAAAAUUCAAAUUAUACAUCUCGGUAGCUUCAGUACGUCACUUAUAUAUAGAUUCCCAAUCUUCUUCUUUCCGGAAACAAUGCGGAAGUGGACAAAAAAUAUUAUUUUUAGU